ACUUUGGUAACUAAAAACACAAAGGUAUUAUAAUAAAACUCCUAUGUAAUUGUUACAGGGAUUUCUGUUGGAUUUAAAUAACUACUAUAAAUAUUCUCCUCAAUGGACUGAAUUUACUCUUUAGUUGGUUUUAUAAAAUGAUUCUUUUAUGGGAGGGUGUUAAUCUUAUUUAAUGUUGUGUUAUGGUCUUUAUAAAUAUUUUCAAUAAAGAGACUUAUGAUAUGAGUACAUAAAAAUUACUGGAAACUAGAACAGCCUAAAAAAUAACUCGCUCAUCUAGUCAAUAAAAUAGAUCGUCUUUUAAUCCUUUCCUAACCUUUUUUUUCAGUGAUUUUGUUUACCAGUUAGAGAAAAAUAAUGUUAUUUCUCGGCUAGUACCAGUAUACUGUACAUGGAUGUAUGGCAGGGUGGCUAGGGGGUGUCUGGUGGUAUUAACUUUGUGUGCUUGGUGGUCUGUCUGCCCACACUCGAGUAAACGAAUGAUGCAUAUACUAAAAAGGUUUUUCCCUGGUGGGAUGCCUUGAAGGUCACUGAAAUAGUUCACCCACCUGUGUGAUUAAAAACAUGGUAGAUUCUUGUUAGUUUGCCAGCUUUUUUUUAUGUUUACAUUUUUGUAAUUGUGUAUUACCCAAUUUUCUUUACAUGCAUCCUUUUACUUUCACAUUAACAACUGGUUCAUGACUGGGAAAGUUUGGUGACUCACUGCUAAAGUUGGUAUUCUGUAAUGUUAGAAAUAUAACACUAUUAUGUCUGUUGGACAUGCUACUGCAAAUCUUUAGGUACUUUUAGGUUUAAAACUUGUGUACUUCUUUCCUCAACACAAUAUAACCUAUUAAUAAAAUUGUUAUUUCUGAACUGGGCAUGUAAUUUACACUUAUGAAUCACACUACACUUCACAGUGACUUAUUUCCUGAAACACUUUCAUAUUUGGCCAGCUAAAUUAUCUUGCUUUAAACUGCCCACACAGUGUUUUUUACCCAAAGAGAUUAUGAUCUGAAACACAUUUACAUGGAGACUGUACUCUGUAGGAGACCAGACAGGUAGCUGGCCAAUUACAAGAAACAGCAAAUUCUCACUCAUUCAAAUUCAAACUCAUUAACAUUCAUGGCUAAAACAUGGGGGCUGAUUGUUUUUCAUGAAAUGACAGUAAGCCAGUAAAAGCAAAGCACUGUCAAAUGUUGAAUCUCACAAUGAUUUUCUGUGUUUCUUAAAAAUUCCCACCAUAUCUGUAGGCUCUUGUACAAUGAUUCAUUGUAUAAGUUCUAUUACAGUAAAUGCUUGCUCAGCAAAUACUUAUCCCAAAACAUCUUUACUGUAAAGUAAAUAGUAGAUCUUUUUUUACACAGAAAUGGUCCAGCUUUUAAUACUAAAAGGAUGUGAUUUCCGAGUAUGCUUUCUAGUUUGUGAUUAAUUUAGAGAGAGUAAAAAAGAUAAGCCACCUUUUUAGAUGUUCUCUUUAUUUUUGAUUAAACAUGGCCAUUUUUAUUAGCCACAGAUUUAAUCUUGAAUUGAAUUUGGCGAAUACCACUGUUCCAUUUCACCUAUGUGUUACCUGCUACUUUUACUCACAUGUUAUAGUGAUGCAUGUCACACUUUCCACCCACUAGUAUAUGUGUUGUUGCUCUACAUAUCAAAAGGGGGUGUUAGUAGUGGGAGUCCGUGAUGCUGCUUCCUGUCUCCAUUGCACAUCAGAAUUUCCCCUUUUGCCCACCCACUUUAGUUUUGUGGCGUGCAGUAGGUCGCUCUAAGUUAGUCUGUCUCUGUCGUGUGUUGGUGUCAUGCUGCUCUCAUGUCAACAGAACUGCUUUUACAGUUUUUGAAUUGAAGUAGAGAAUAAAGUUCCUAGAUAAACUGACAAACAAGAGAGUAUUUUGUGGACAUCUCACCAUAGCGCACUGAUGAAGGUGUUGGGUGGGCACGUUGUGACAAAAUCCCAAUCUGAGGGCAACAAAGAUUUAUUCAUCAUGCCAGCAUCAGCUGUUCAUAUGAAUAUGGGACUUCCCCAAUAUAAGCAAACAUAUGAGAGCAAUUUGGCAAACUCCUCCCUCACUGACAAUAUCAGCCGAAAGCGGUGGAGAAGCCUUUUGCAGCGGGUAAAAAGAAAACAGAUGGAGCCUGGUUGUGCUACUCAGCUUCAAAGAAAUUCACUUUUUGGACAAGCUUUGUCAGAUGUUUGUGAAAAGAAUGGCAAUCCCCCCAAGCCCAUUAUGGAGAUUCUCCUAGCGCUUUGCAAAAUGGGUCCAUACACAGAAGGCGUGUUCAGGAAAGCUGGCAAUGCCAGGGCUUUAAAAGAGAUCAAGGAACAACUCAAUAAUGGAGAGGAAGUGGAUCUGAAAAAUAAACAUGUGAUCUUACUAGCUGAUCUCCUCAAGGAUUUCUUGAGGCACCUGCCUGGUAGUUUGCUAAUGGUGGAUUAUUACCAGGCCUGGAUGACUGCAAUGCAAAAGCAAGAUUUACAUGAAAGAUGCACUGAGCUCAAACUGGUGAUCAAUACACUUCCAGAGCCAAACAUUGUCCUCCUGAAACAUGUAAUUGUUUUGCUGUACCACAUUAGUGCCAAUACAGAUAGAAACAAGAUGGAUUCCAGCAGUUUAGCUGUUUGCGUUUCACCCAAUUUACUCAAAACUGACAACAUUGAAAUGAUGAAAAAUGUCUCUGGACUAACUCAGUUCCUCAUUGAUAACUGUUGUAAAAUAUUUGGAAAGGAUGCACUGACACUUCUUGGGGACCCCGAAGAAGAUGAACUCAGUGAUAAUCAUGAUUCACAGUCGUCACUCCACCAUGAUUCUGCCUAUGACAGCAAUGACCCUGACGUGGAUGGAUAUAAAGGGAGCUACACAGAAAUGCACGCCUUCCAUUCAGAUACUGAAGAGAAGACUCUGGAUUGCUUUCAGUUGUCCUCCUCCCCUGACGCUGUGGUGAAACAAACUAGCAAACCUUUUAUUCGCAGGUGCUCUGAGCCAACAAUUGUCUUCAAAAAAAGUGCUCGAAACCAGCCUGCCCUAACCAGGAGUCACACAGACAUGGACUUUUAUGGACAAAAUUUGGGAAAACAGAUCUUGGAUGAUUGUAUUUCAUUCGGGGCUAUGAAAAGUUUGUUCCCUGUGCAUAAGAAAAUCUAUAUUUCAUCUCUAAAUGAGGUUCUCCAUGGUACUUCUAAAAAUUGCUCAUGCUGCUCCUCUAGUUCUCUGGAAAGCACAUUCUCCAGUGCCUCUGAAAGCUCAAUCCAAACUAGCUUCCCUAUUAUUUCAUCCUCUAAUCAGAAACUGACUGUCCAUCGUAAACUGUCUUUUCCCAGCCGUUCAAAAACACAUGGAAUGGUGCUUACUGAGGCCACCAAAAAACGCUCCCAAUCAAUGAAAGUGCCAAAUUCUCGGACUAAGAUCAGCUUUUCUCGAGGUGGCGUUAACAAACGGGCCCAGAAGGCCUUACGCCACAGUCAGACUCUCCCUGAUGUUCUGCCUUUCGACAAGACCUUCCUUGUUUCACAAAAGCCUAGACGUUUGUCUAGCGAGGAGGUUUUCCAGCAUGUGGAUAGUAGGAUUUUGAAUAAUCCUCCUUCCUAUGAGCAGGCAAUUCAAGACAAUGCUCACACUGCGAUUUCACUUUGUAGCCCAUUGACUGUUGAUGCAGCCAGGUGUCUGUCAAGGCACACAUGCAGUCAGACCACAUUCCCGACUGUAGAACCGUCAAAUUCCUGCUCAGUGAAACAUAGCAGUUGCUCGGAUGGAGAGAGUAAUGAUGUAUUGACUGUGUCAUCUACCCUACCAGAAUCACAGCAGGGGACUGUAUCGGAGGCUAAAACUGAAUCCAAAAAUGGCCAGUCACACUGUUGUGGUCAACAACUGCUGGAGACUUUGAAUGUCAGAGAGUCAUAUGUGUGACAUUUUCUGUUUUGUAAAUCUGUAGAACUGUUUUUCUACCUAUGUAUUUUGAAGCAAAAAAUCUAAAGAACAUGUACAGAUGUGUAAUAACGAGAGCUUCUAAGAAGUCUGUAAUUGUGUAUAUAAUUUUUUUAUAAAAAAUGCAGCUUUGCUGACCUAUUGUGAUUUAUGAAUUGUAUUGCAUCGACACUUUACUUUGCAUUGUUCACAUUCAUAUCAGUCAAGCCUUUCCUUCAGGCUAAAACCUAAAUGCUGAUUUCAAGUGAUAGCAAAGUGCACUUUGAGAAAAUGUCAUCACUACACACCAUCAGUCAGAUGUACACACGUCUCAGUAUGGAUCGAGGAAAAGCACAUACCACGUAGGAACUUAUGAAAACUGGUACGAUACUACCACGCCCAAAAGGUAUGAAAUAGUCAUUAAGGGUGGAUUUCCGUACACAUUUCGACAAGAUACACACCCAUGGCAAAACAUUUUAUAAACAAACAAAUAAGUAAUAAAUA